AGCCUCUCCAUGAUGAGCUUGCUGUCCACCGUGUGCAUUCCGCCUUCAUCACGACUCCAUACCGUCAACUGCCUGCACCGACGAGACUCCGGCAGCCACAACGAUGCAUGCCUCAUUACUCCUCGUGUCGGCGCUUAGCGCCUCCGUCUGCGCCGCUCCCACGUUCCCCACCAUCAGCGCAGACACAGCCGUGCCAGACGGCAUCAACGCGGUCGCCGACUACUUCAACUUGUUGGCCACCAAGGUCCAGGAAAGCAGGUUGCUGGACAAGGCGCCGGCUUGCGACCUCUCCCAGGCCGUUCUCCCCUCAUCCAGCCUCCCACCACCCUCCCCCGGCGUCAGACUCAAGCACAUCGCCAUCGGCCGCGGCACCCAAAACUACACGUGCAGCACGGGCAACCCAAGCGACGCGCCCAAAGCCAUCGGCGCCCUCGCAACGCUCUUCAACGCCUCCUGCCUCGCCACCACCGACCUGGACCUCGCGUCGGCGCUCGCGCGGGCCGCCCUGCGCUUCGACCUGACGCAGAGCCAGACGGCGCAGAAGCUGGUCCCGUCGGACCUGGCCGUCAGCGGCCGGCACUUCUUCCUGGGCGACGGCACGCCCUUCUUCGACCUGGACGUCUCGCCGACCUGGCAGCUGGGCGAGCUGCCGUGCGCCAAGAACGGCAGCGCGCCGGCGCCGGCCGACGCGCCCAAGGGCCUGAACGGCGAGCCGGCCGUGCCGUGGCUCAAACUCACCGCCAAGCAGGGCGCCACCGGCGGCCUGCAGGAGGUCUACCGCGUCAAGACCGUCGGCGGCAGCGCGCCGGCCACGUGCGAGGGCAUGGCGGCGAGUUUCGAGGUGCAAUACUGGUUUUACGCCAAGUAAAACAUGGCGGGUAGCUGCGAGUCGGGAGCCUGAAGGGGUGAGAUAGUAAAAAUUGUAUCGGUAUGGGAGGAUAUCUGUAUUGUUGCGUGCAUAUUGCAUCUGCGUUGCGGGCGUUCAGGGUCUUUGGGGAUUCACCUUUUAUUGCCUCGACUCGGUACUCCU